UGCAAGGAAGACUCGUCGUCUCACAGGUACGCAUUAGAAAUGGUUCUGAGCCACCAGAUUUAGGGUUUGAGACUCUCUCCUACUUAGAUCGUUCAGUUAUGUAACAACUUGAACUUCUUCUAUAUUGAUAUGGAUACGUCAAACCCUGCAGUUUUUGUUAAUGGUGAGUUAUUGAGCAUGCAUUGUGGAAGAAAGAUUCGAGCAGUGGUUCAAGUUAUCCAAAGUGAUGGUGGAAUUGUUACGGGAAAGUCUACGGAUGAACAACAAUUGACUAUUCAUGGCUUGCCCACGGUCCCUCACAUGAACUUCGUAGAGGUAGUUGGUAUUGCUGAAAGCAACAAGACCAUCAAGGUUGAAGAUUGGACAGACUUUGGAACCACUUUUGAUACUGCAUCUUACAAUCAGCUAUGCCAACUUGCAAAUGGGGAAUUCAGAAGUUUAUUUAUUUAGUGAUUUGUAGGUACAGCAUGAGAAGAAGCAAGAGGUACAAUUUGUUAUGUGAUUUUGAGUCUUCUAUGCUUGUAACUCACGUGGGAGUGUUGAACUGCUAAUCUAUUAAAAGAACUCCUGUUUUGGUCAAUAUGUAUUGUACUAAGCUAUAAGCUAGGAGCUAGGUACGGAAUUUUCAUGGACUUCUUAAGGUUCCAAUUUUCACAUUUUUCACUAGGAAAAACCUAAGUGUAGUUGGGUGCACACAUCUUUUGUAUAGUUCGACUGCCAUCCAAUUAGAAUGUGUUAGGUUGCAGUUGCACUUUGUCGUUGGUCUUUUUCAUUGGGUCAUACUAUUCAAUCACUAGUUUUUCUUAUUUGGAAAUGAUUAUGAAAUGGUGAAAAUUCAUUUUCAUUAUCCAAAAGCUACUCCGAAUACAUAUUCAAUGGUUUGAAAUCAA